AUGUUGCUUUUUCGUCGGACCAUAUUUCCUGACGUGUUUGUGGAGAAGCUAAAACUAAAGAUUGCCAGGGUGUAUUAUAAUCAUGGAUUAUUUAUUGCAACACAUCCUGCACCCGUGAUCACCACUGUAUGCAUACUCAUGAUUUUUCUUUGCUAUCCUUUAACACAGAUUCCUAUUGUAAAAGAAGUACCUGUACAUCGUGCAGUUGUUCGAGACGAUGAGUUCCAGUCCUUUAAAGAUUCACGUUAUGUUUUCACUCAUGAUGACCAGAACAAAAGCCUUGGUUACAUGCUUCAAAUAAUUGUACACUCAACAAUAUUAACAAAGAUUCCUGAGUGUCAUGUUAAUCAUGAAGCUGUCACUCAUAUACUCCAGCAGAGCAAUAAAAUGGUUGAGCUUGUACGCCAGUUCAGAAGUUCUGGAGAUGAUGGAAAAUCAGAUGGCCAAACAUUCGAUGACAUCUGCUUUCAGGUUGAGGAUAGAGCAGUCAGUGAAGUAGAAAGCUCAGAAGCAAUACAAAAUGUACUACCUACAUUUGGAUGUCUUUUAUUGGCUCCUGGUUUUCUGCUAGAAGAUCAUCUUGGUAUAGUCCAAUCAUCUCCUCAAUCAUCUGUUCUAUCACGUAUACGACUUGCUGCUGCAGGAAAUUUACGAGAUCUUCUUUUUGGAUUCCCUUGGAAGGCAACAGGACUAUCGAAACAUUCAGUGUGUAGUAGAAAGCGAACUGUUACAUAUGCAUUGACUUUAGUAUUUCGAGAGUAUAAACCUUCCUUCUUUUCUGAACUUCGGGACUAUCUUGUUUCACGUAUGAAGAAUCUGCAUAAUGAUACUGACAUUCCUUCAGAUGUAACGAAAUCAAGCGACAAAUCGAAUACGGGAUCAAUUGGGCACAUUUUUCUUGUUUGGUAUAGUGAUCGAUCGUAUUUCGCGGAUUAUGCACCUUUAAUAUUUAUAUAUGUGGUUCUGUUACUUUAUGUAUAUUUUUCUGUCCGUAAACUGGAAAUGGUCAAAUCGAAAUGGGGUUUAGCUUUGAGUGCAUGUGUUACUGUAGCUGCCUCAUUAUUCAUGUCUAUCGGUCUAUGUGUAACUAUUGGUCUUGUUAUGCCAACAUUGAAUGGAGGUGAAGUUUUCCCCUAUUUAGUUGUUCUAAUCGGAUUUGAAAAUGUUAUCGUUCUUACAAAGUCUGUAGUUGCAACUCCUGUUGACCUCCCAGUAAAGUAUCGUAUUGCUGAAGGUUUAAGCAAAGAAAGUUGGUCAUUAACUAAACUUUACCUAACUGGUCUAUUGUUACUUGGUUUGGGAUUUUUCACAUUCCAUCCGACAAUGCAAGAAUUCUGUCUAUUUGCUGUUGUCGGUUUGACGACUGACUUCUUCCUGCAACUUUUCUUCUUUGUUACUAUUCUAUCAGUGGAUAUUCGCCGUAUGGAGCUGUCUGAUCUUAUGUUAGAAUAUCCAGUGAAUUCAAUCAUACAAGAGCCUCAAAUGCUUCCACCUUUUACUCCACUUCACCACAACAAUCCGUUGAAUGCAGAAGAUGAUAAAAUUACUCACAAGCCUUUAUCAUAUCUGCUUUCACUUAUAUCAAAUAUAUGCUUCAUGUCGUUCAAAUCAACAAAACAAAUGUUUCUACCUUCAGGUCUGUCUUUUGUAAAGAGGCAUAGACGUAAAGUUUCAGCUGCUCAAACAGCUGCAUAUUUAGCAUCCGAUGGUCAAACUUCUCAAAAUGUUCCAAGACGUUUACGUGUUCUUCGAUGUUGGGCGAAAUCUCGAUUAAUACAACGUGUUCUUAUGCUUAUAUUCACAGUCUGGAUUAUUGUCUUCUUAAUGCAUGCUGUGGAUAUCUUUCAAUUAUUUUUCAAAUUAUAUAUCUAUGCUCACACUCUAUUGUCACAACAUUCUCUCCUUAAACAUUGGCUUAAUCUUUCUUCAGAUAUUACCAGCAAUACUAGUCAUUCCUAUGCAAUGCCAUCAUUAUCGCUAGAUAAUAAUAAUAAUGAACGCGCCGCGUCUCUUACAAACUCAAACAUGCCUAUUCUGCCUGAGCUGAAUGCUUCUUUUAUAUCUUCAGCUAUUUCAUCAACAAUGAAUUCAUCAAUCUACUCUGAAGAAGUACAAGAGUACAAGUCAAUGAAUAAUGAUCAUGUUUAUUCAUCUACCACGCAUAUGUUGUAUUUAGACGAUCCAAGCGAUAAUGAUUCUGAGGAUUCUGCCUCAUUCAAUCAACAAGAAUUAAAUCAUCAUUUUCUUGAACAACCACAAUCACAAGAACACCAUCCUCAUCAUCCUCAUGACAUAUCCUCCUCUAUUGUCAAUGCUGAUAUUAAAUCUCAAAUGAAUAUUUUAAAUAUACCAAAUCAUUUACAAUUAUCCGGGAUUGUAAUACACGAAAAAUUCACAUGGGAUACAAUGUUCAUUUGGAAUUAUCUGGCGUAUUAUCAUUGGCCAUUAUUAGCUAAACAUUAUAAUCUUAGUUUAGUUGGCUGUCAUUUAGCAUUGCUGGAACCGGUACAUUUAAAGCAUAAAUUUUAUAUGAUCAAAUCUGAUAAUGAAAUUGAAAAAUCUGAUAUGAAAUCUGAUCAAGAGCCUAUAUCGCAUAUAUCAGUUGAACAGCAUGAACGUAUAUUAGAUGUGAAUAAUCUACAGUAUAUCAAUGAUAAUAUGCUUUUAUCACGUGAGAAAACUUCACGGCUACGUGCAUCGUCUACAUCACCUGGUGGUUUUGCUGGUUGGACUGCUCGUCUUGGCCUGACUGCAUCAAUGCUUGGCACUAGUCUACUUGGGUGUAGUUUAGUUUUAUUGCUUACAUGCUUGGGUAUGGUGUGUUUACAAUCGAAGUCAUCGAAUUCUGUUAAACGUGAACCGAUAAUACGUGUUCUUCCAUUGACUAUAGACCUUUUGGAUAGGCCUGCAGAUUCAGGAGACUCAGAGCAUGCUCAAAACUAUUCAUCAUCCUCAUCAACAUCAUCUCCAGAAUGGACAGUUACAUGUGGUCAAGUAUAUUAUAAAAAUAAAGACGGCUUUUUGUACUCUCGUGGAUUACUAGCCGUCACAUCUGUACGAUCGUAUAUACAAGUUAAAUCGCAUUACUCUAAAGUGAUUCAAUUAUGGUGUACAAAUUCCGGAAAUCUUCUUAAUGAUUUAAAUAGAUACUCAGAAUCUGCAAUCGCUAAGCGAAAGAGUUUACCAUCACCAAGUGUUUGUCGAAAAUUUUCUACUGUUUGGUGUAUGGAUUUCUUGUCACAAGGACUUCUAGUUGUUGGAUGCAGUGAUGGAACUAUUGAAAUCUGGAAUUGUGAAUCUGGACUGUUAAUAGAUAUUUUAUGCUUAAAACAAACCAACAGUAGUAGUACGCAGACAUUAUUUGACAAGGAAAUAAAAGAAUCUUUUGAUUCACCUAAACGUUUACAUCCUGGAGGAAUAACAGUUAUGCGAAUCAUUGAUGAAACAAAAUUUUGUGUUGGAACUAGUUGCGGAAUUGUAGCUUACUUCCAUUUGGCGUAUCCGAAAGGAAGUUCUUUUCAUAUUUCGUCAAUAUCCUGUCAAUGGCAUGUACAUACACGUGCAGUUACUCAGUUGGAUUUCUUAAAAUAUUUUAAUAAAUGUAUAAUUGAAAAUCAUAAUGAUCUGCCAGAUAUGAAUUCAAAUGAUAUUGGUGUUAUUGUGAUUAGUGGAUCAGAAGAUGGUUGUAUUAAAUUUUGUUCCUCAGAGUAUGAUAGUCCAUUGUUAUUUCACUGUGAAAUAGACACUACUCCUGUCCUCAGUAUGGCUUUAAAUCACUUUGCACUUGGUGUCAGUCAUGCUUCCGGAUCAUUAUACGUGUGUUAUUUAGACCUGUUAGUCAAUACAACCACUCCUCUUCCCACUAACCACAACAAUAACAUCAACCAUAUUAUAAAUAAUUCCGAAGAUAAAUGCUUAAUAAAACCUCUUGAAAUACGUUUAGUUGAGUUAACUUUUCUUAGCAAUGGUGGUUUUGGAAUUGCUUCAACAGUACAUCACCAACACCAGCAGCAGCCGAUUGUAUUGAAUUCAGGUCAAAGUAAAAGGUUAUCAAGACGCGUUCAUCCGGGUUCAAUAUACUUACAACUUUUUACAAGAAUUAAUGCUGAUGAUAAUAAUGAGUAUUUUGCUAAAAAUCGUAGCAAUUGUAAUAAGUUAUCGCCAUCAUCAUCGUCAUCAUUGUUGGCAAAUUAUCGUCUUGUCACCUAUGAUAUGGAUGGUACUGUAGUCAUAUGGGAUUUACAGGCUAAAUGCAUGAUUAGAUCUUUUAAAGCUAAUGUGUCAACAUUUAACAUGUCGAAUUUAUUACUGUCUGUUGGCGGACGUGUAGUUUUCGGUGACCAGAGUUAUCUACGAGUUGUAAAUCCAUGGACUGCUAAAUAUGAACGAUCCGUUCAACUUUUGCCACCGUCUUCUGUAAAUAUGCGAAGUUCAAAUUCAUCACGUUUAUCUGCGCUUCUACGUCAAUGGACAAAAGAAUUAGUUCCUCUUGGUGUUACUGGUGGUGAUUUUAAAUCAUAUAAAUCAACCGAAUUAUAUUUGAUCGCUAAUCAACAAAGCGGAGAACAUAUGCGCUUGACACCAAUUAAUCUAAAAGCACAGAAAACAAUCCCUGCCGGUGGAUCCUAUGUUAUUAGUAUUGCUGAUAGUGGACGAACCCUAGUCGUUGUACCGGUAUCCACGAUUUAA